AUGGACGGUGCCAGCGUGCUCGCGAAAUGUCUCAAAGAGCAGGGUGUGGAAUACAUGUUCGGUGUGGUUGGCUUUCCAAUUAUCGAAGUUGGAAUGGCCGCUCAAGCAUUCGGUAUCAAAUAUGUCGGAUGCAGAAAUGAGCAAGCAGCUUGUUAUGCCGCUCAAGCUAUGGGUUAUCUAACGAGAAAGCCUGCAGUUUGCUUGGUGGUGUCCGGUCCAGGCCUUUUGCACGCCAUUGGAGGUCUCGCCAAUGCCACAGUAAAUUGUUUGUUAGUACCUAUUGAGACUCGGCCCAUGAUUUGCAUCGGAGGCUCUUCAGAUGUAGACCAGGAAAAUCGAGGAGCAUUCCAGGAAUGGCCACAGGUCGAAUCGGCUCGGCUCGCCUGUAAACACGUCAGCCGACCAACGUCGCUACAGGCCAUACCACUUCAUGUCGAAAAGGUACGAAUAGAAGCACUUAUUUUCCAAAUCGCUGUUAUCACUUCGAAGAGUGACUAG